GCGCGAGGCCACCGCCGUCCCCGCCGCCACCACCGCCCGCCUUGCGCGACCAACCCCGAAGUGCCCGCCGCCCACCUCUGCGCUCCCGCGCUCCGUUCCGCCCAGGCCGCGCCCAGCUGGAAUGCAGAGAUCGCCGCCCGGCUACGGCGCACAGGACGACCCGCCAGCCCGCCGCGACUGUGCAUGGGCCCCGGGCCCCGGGGCCGCCGCUGAGCCGCGCGGCCUCCCAGCCGCUCCCGCCGCCCUCGCUGCGCCCGCCGCGCCCGCCUCGCCGCGCAGCCCGCCGCGCAGCCCGCCGCGCAGCCCCGAGCCGGGGCGCUAUGGCCUCAGCCCUGCUGGCCGCGGGGAGCGCCAGGCGGCCGACGAGUCGCGCAUCCGGCGUCCCAUGAACGCCUUCAUGGUGUGGGCCAAGGACGAGCGCAAGCGGCUGGCGCAGCAGAACCCGGACCUGCACAACGCGGUGCUCAGCAAGAUGCUGGGCAAGGCGUGGAAGGAGCUGAGCACGGCGGAGAAGCGACCCUUCGUGGAGGAGGCCGAACGGCUGCGCGUGCAGCACCUACGCGACCACCCUAACUACAAGUACCGGCCGCGCCGCAAGAAGCAGGCGCGCAAGGCCCGGCGGCUGGAGCCCGGCCUCUUGCUCCCGGGCCUGGCGCCGCCGCCGCCGCCGCCGCCCCCCGAGCCCUUCCCCGCGGCCACCGGCCCAGCCCGGGCCUUCCGCGAGCUGCCGCCGUUGGGCGCCGAGUUCGACGGUCUGGGGCUGCCCACGCCCGAGCGCUCGCCGCUGGACGGCCUGGAGCCCGGCGAGGCCGCCUUCUUUCCCCCGCCCGCGGGGCCCGAGGACUGCGCGCUGCGGGCCUUCCGCGCGCCCUACGCCCCCGCCGAGCUGCCCCGGGAGCCCGGCGGCUGCUUCGGGGCGCCCCUGGCGGAGGCGCUCAGGACCGCGCCCGCCCCCGCCGCGCCGCUCUCCGGCCUCUACUACGGCGCCCUGGGCGCGCCCGGCCCGGGCCCGUACCCCGGCCCGCUGUCGCCGCCGCCCGAGGCCCCGCCGCUGGAGGGCUCCGAGCCGCUGGGGCCCUCGGCUGACCUGUGGGCCGACGUGGACCUCACCGAGUUCGACCAGUACCUCAACUGCGGCCGGACUCGACCCGACGCCGCAGGGCUCCCGUACCACAUGGCGCUGGCCAAGCUGGGCCCCCGCGCCAUGUCCUGCCCAGAGGAGAGCAGCCUGAUCGCCGCGCUGUCCGACGCCAGCUCCGCGGUCUACUACAGCGCGUGCAUCUCGGGCUAGGUCGCCGGCCAGGCCUGAGGCGCCGCGCCGAGGCGGCCGCUCCCUGUAACAGUCCCCCCGUAGGAACCCGCCACGCUGGGGCGACGCCAGGGCGGCGCUGGGGCUUGGCCGCGCGCCCAGGGCGCCCCCAGGGGUGGUUCCCGCACGUCCCCGGCUUUGCCAGGAGGCCCCGGCCUUGGACCGGUUGGCUGGCCUUGCCCGGGUUAAGUUUUGAAGCGCCUAAUCCUUUUUCUUGCAGCGUAUUUUCUAGAACCAGGCUGUAUGUUUCACUUGACCCUUUUUUUGUAUACAUAAAACGAUAUAUUUAAUUUUUAAGGAAACUUCUAACCCUUUGCUCCCGAGGGGUUUCAGUGAUCCACAGCAUUGAUGUAGCAAGGGCUUUUCAAUACCGUUUGUAUGCUGUACAGGCCAGGCCAGGAGCUGGGUCCCCCUGGGCCCAGCGAGGCCUCAAUAAAGCGCCUCACCUUUCCUCUGAA